ACAUAGUCAUUGGAUCGUUCCUUACUCACACGUGCUAGUGAGUCUGUCUGUUUCUCUGUAGACAAGCAGGAGGAGACGGGAAGGCUGUGCUGUGGCUCGCUCUGGAGCCAAGUAAGUUCACCUUUGGACUGUGUUUAGCCAGACUAACUGCUGAGUGCGAUGAAUUCCGACCAACUCCUGGUCUGUCCCUAUGACCACACCCACCGGAUCCGAAGCAGUCGCUUUCCUUACCACCUGGUGAAGUGUCGGGAAAGUCACCCUGAACUGGCAAACAUGAUUCGGGUCUGCCCCUUUAAUGCCAGGCACCGAAUUCCUCAACCUGAAGUUCAGCGCCAUCUCCUCCACUGUGAGGAUGGCAAGUUGGCAGCAGAGAGUAGCACGCAGAGCGCUGAAUUCACUGUCCCAGCUGACCUUUUGAACUCCACACCACAAGCCGGUAACAGAGAGAGACAUUGCUGCUUGGAGAGCUGGGAUGAUGAUGAGGAGGAAGCCUCAUCCCCUUUCGUCUUCGGUCAGAGUAAGUUUCUCAACGGUAAGAAGAUGUAGGGAAGAUGACAAGAAUGUACUUCACCUGAGUCAUCGUUGCAAGGCCUGAAAAGAUAGAUCGACGUUUUUAAGGAAAUUCCACAUUUUGAUAACUGAUUUCAUUUUUGUAAAUGAGGGUUUUAAAGUUUUUAACUUGUCCUUUUUUUAGAAAGGACUUUGGGGGGGUUACAGAUUUUUUUUCUUCCUGUAUGCAAGCAUAGUCUCUGAAGUAGGCCUUGAACCCCCUACCUCAUCACUUCUGACUAAAUUCAGGGGGAAGCAGUCGGACAUGUGGUGGUUCAAACGUUCUCUGAACAGUAACUUCUCAUGUCCUAGAUCAACAAAUCUUUCUGGGAAGCAGUGACAUUGCUAUUUCAUGGUGUAUCAUGCUGUGUAGACUGUGUGUAUGUCUGAUGUCCUUGUAUGUCACAUUUUUGAUUUUUACUUUGUAAAUCUUCACCUUGCCCUGGUUUUUUUGUCCAGAGACUAUCCAGCAAGUUACCUUUUUUCAGGUUUACAAAAAUGCAAUAAACUAGUUAACAUAC